AUGCCAUUUUUCCCAAUGUCGACGGGACUAUCUCAACAAGAUGCAAAUGAUGCAUCGUCAGCUUCGAAUCAGCUGAAGCCUCCUGUUUCCGUGCAGGCAAAGAACCGUCGCAAACGCUACCUCGAUCAGCAUCCAGAAUAUUUCUCUGCUGAUCUUGAAAUGGCUGAUCCAUUACUCUACGACCGCCUCAUCAGACGAUUCCAGACUCCCGCAGAACGAGAGACCGAAGGUCGCACCAAGGGGUUUUCUGGCAUACUACAAGCCGACCUUCUCCGAUCAGAAGCGAAAAUGGACGCGCUGGCUCAUCCGGACCCGAAUGCAAUGCUCAGUUACCGGCGAGGGCCCAACGGCGAAAUAGUGGCGGAAGACAAAGACGACAUCCCGGCCAACAAGGAAGAAGGAGAACAACGUUGGAGAUGGGAAAUGGAAAUGCGUUUUCUCAAAGGUGCCGACUAUGAUUUCGACUACGAAACGGUAGACGAAAAUGACGAGUAUGAUGACUGGAAUGAGGAACAAGAACGCUAUUUUGACGAAGAGGAACCGGAGUGGGUUUUCGACAAAGAACAAGCGGGAGAUGCUCAGAAAGAAGAAUUGACAGGCGAGACCGGUAUACAAGAUUUCUGA